AUGCAGCCGGCACUCUCAGUCUUCUUCAUGCUGCUCUCUGUCCUGCUGUGUCUCCUGGAAAUCCUGGCCAACGGCUUCAUUGUGCUGGUGCUGAGCAGAGAAAGGAUGCGGCGUGGGAGGCUGCUUCCCUCUGACGUGAUCCUCGUUAGCUUGGGUGCCUCCCGCUUCUGCCUGCAGUGGGUCGGAAUGGUGAACGACUUCGACUACAUCCUCCACCUGCACGAGUACAGCCAAGGACCUGGCCGGCAAUUCACUGGUCUCCACUGGCACUUCCUGAACUCGGCCACCUUCUGGUUUGGCUCUUGGCUCAGUGUCCUCUUCUGCAUGAAGAUUGCCAACUUCACCCACCCCACCUGCCUCUGGCUGAAGUGGAGGUUGCCAGGGUCAGUGCCCUGGCUCCUCAUGGCUUCUCUCCUGAUCUCUUUCAUUGUCACCCUGCUCUUCUUUUGGGGAAACCAGGCUGUGUAUCAAGGAUUCCUAAUUAGAAAAUUUCCUGGGAGCAUGACCUUCAAGCCGUGGAGCCAGAGGCUGGAAAUUCACUAUUUCUUGCCCCUGAAACUUAUCACCUUGUCAGUUCCCUGGUCUGUCUUUCCGGUCUCAAUUGCACUGUUGAUUAAUUCUCUGAGGCGACACACAGGGAGGAUGCAGCGCAGCACCCACAGCCUGCAGGACCCCAGCGGCCAGGCUCACACCAGAGCUCUGAAGUCACUCAUCCCCUUCCUCGUUCUUUAUGCUCUGUCCUUUGCAUCCCUGUCAGAGAGUGACUGGUACUGGCCAUGGCAGAUUUUAAUCUACCUGUGCACAUCCUACAUCCUCAUCCUCAGCCACCUCCAGCUUCGAGGGGUGUGCAGUCAGCUACUUCUGUUGGCCAGGGGCUUCCAGCUGGCCUAG